AACCCUGAAAUUCACUGUUGUUGUCAAUAAGACCCAGAUACUUUCAAUUAUUUAAGAGACUGCACAGCAAAAAAAGUCUUAUUAUGGGUGACUAAUGUUAUGCUUUUUUUAUGCAGACUGUUUUCCCACAUUUUUUGUGGCGUGCAUUAACAGAUUUAGAAGCAAAACAUUGAGCAAAAGAAGAUGAGUCCAAGCUGAUUUUCAGCAGUGGUACUGCCAUAGAGGGAGUGGCUGUCAAGAGAUAAUGUUAAAAGACUGAGUAAAAAAGAUUUUAUUACCUUUAUUGGGGAAUGCAAAAGCCUUGAUGGACAAGUGAAGACAUUUUCUUUUGUUCUGUUGAUCCAUUUUAUAAUUCUGAAAAGGAAAAUUAGAAACUUAUUGAAUAGUGGAGUGGAAAAUAAAAUCAGGAGAAAGAAAGAGCCCCUUUACUGAGUGUUAAACAUUUUCAGGAGGUUUUCUUUUUUCAUGUGUGAACCUGAGGGGGAAAACAGGAUUUUUUUUUUUGCCUCACCACAACACCAGUCAACACCAGUCAUUACCAGUGGGCUCCAACAGGGGGCACAUACAACUGGAACAAGAACCCUGGCUUUAUCCUCUCAGUCAUUAUCCACAUGAUCUGAGGAAAGUUUGUGUCCUUUCCACUCAGUAGUGGAGGUACUCUUUGUGCUCCCUCAUGUCUUUGUCAGAUUGUCUUAUUGGGUGAUUAAUUUUGUGUAAUCUCCAGUGACUCCCUGUGGUAUGUUUCUGUUUCUGUUUUUUUGUUCUUGGCUAUAUGUUUCCAUGAUUACUGGUUUGAUCUUUCCUUUUAAAUUUGUACUUUCUACUCUUGGUUUGUACUUUUGUGGUAGUUUUGUUACUUUGUAUUUAGGCAUUUUUGCACCUUGCAACUUUUGGUUAUUUCUCAGCUUUAGUUGUUAAAGCUCACCUUUCAUUCCCUUAACUCUUAACUCUAAACUUGUUUUUCUGCAUUUGGGUCCUCGUCUUACUACCAUAUUGUAACAGUUUUGGUCAAUUUGACCCAUUAUUGCUUUUUGAAAUAUUAGUUCUUUUCAUCCCUGAAAUGUAUUGUUGAUGUGAAACACAAUCAGAAACUUUCAUUUAUGUAAAUGGUUGCACAGGACCAUGAUAAAAAGGUCUUAUUGGGUGAUUAAUUUUGCAUAUUGGGCUAAAACUUCUAUUCAGUGCUUUAUCAGGAUAUGAUGAAGAUAAAAUUUGCCCAAAAGACAGUCAGUCAACACUGAUUUUCAGUAGUGGCACUGCCAUAGAGGGAGUGGCCAUUUGGAGACAGGAAACUGGUUAGACUACUUUUGGCAGAGCAUAAAAGACAAAUGAAACUUCCUUGUUCUAGGUGUGACACGAGUCAAAAUGGGGCCUAUUUCACUUGUAUGCACUGUUUUUCUGGCAUAUUUGUUGCAAGGGUCCAGUGCUGUGACUCCUGUGUUUGUGCAGAAGGGAGACAAUUUGAUGCUGAAUCUCACAGAAGUUGAUGAUCUGGAGAACAGUGUUGUUUUUUGGAACUUCAAUAAUAAAAGUAUUAAUAAAGACUUAAUGUUAGUCAGAUGGCUUCCUGGUACUGAACCAGAAGUCUCUCCAAGUUACAGAGGAAGGAUUGAGUUUACUGUGAAAAAAUACUGGGUGAAACUGAAGAAUCUACAAGAGACAGACAGUGGAAUUUAUACUGGACGAGUGAUGGGGGUUGUUGAUGAACAAACAACUCAAUACAAAGUCACAGUUCAAGAUCCAGUGUCUCCAGUUAAGCUGACAGUGGACUCUGUGUCCAGCAGCUCAGACUGUAACCUCACUGUGACCUGCAGCACACAGGACUCUCACAUCAGCAGCACUUUUACAUGUGACGCCAAAACCUGCAGUCAGGAGGGAGGAGAGAGAUCAGGGGUCACGACCUCUGGUGCUUCUCUCAGAGUCUACCUGGUGAAUGACUCAAUCACCUGUAACCAUAGCAACCAGGUCAGCUGGACCAAAGAUGUGACAAAGAUUCAAGAUUUCUGCCCCCGACAUCAUGAUCCUAAACCUCACAGCGUUAUAACAGCUUUGAUCACCCUUUUGUUCCUCAUCAUAAUUGCAGCAGCAGGUUUUUUUUGUUAUGUUCUACGGAGAAGAAAACAAAAAACAGUGAGCAUCGACAAUACAGUGUAUGCAGUUCCUGAGGUGGAAGCUGCAGCCCAACCUCUGGAUCCAACAAGUAAUUCUCCUUCUUCACCAUCCACCAUCUACAGCUAUGUGGAGCCUCACACUGGACCUAUGAGACCCACUGAGGAUAAAACCAAGACUCUGCCAGAGAGCCUGUAUGCUUCUGUAGAAAAGCCUUCCAGGUCCUGAAAUGAUUCCUGUGGAGUUGUACUCCACAUGCUGAUCUCCACCCUCACACCGUGUGUCACCGUGUGUUACUGAGAGUUAAAAUCGCACCUUAUGUAACCUGCUCUGCUCGGGAAAGACUUUUCUCAUGCGCAAACAUUCCUCUGUAAAUAGCUUUAAACUAUGAAGAAAUGCAUUUUUCUGCAUGUACAUGUGUGCUGUGUGUAGAUAUGUAAACAUAUGUAUAUACUAUAUACACUGUAUAGUCAUAAGUCGCCUUUCUUUGCUGGGGUGGGGGGUGACUGUUUUUUUUUUUUUUCCUGUUUGAUUUGAAUUUCUUGAUUUUACAUCUUCUUUGCUAUGAAUUGCAGACUUGGUAGAAGCUGAGUUGCAGACAUCUAUGAAGAUGGUACAAAAAAAUGUAAAGUAUCAAAAAAUGUGGAAUCAUUUGAGGGAAUCCGGACAAAAACGUUUCAUUUAAAUGAAUGACGGACCAUCUUUGAACACUGUAUACAAUUGUAGCUCUCGUCACCCAGUGGUCCAGGAUUAUGUGUCAUUAUUCGUACAUAUGUGGCAUCAUAGAGUGGUGCAGUCUGAACCUAGAAAUCAGUUAGCAUUUUUAUAUUUCCUUAACAAUUAAUUGAUUAUCAAGUCAUUUCUGGUCUUCACAUUUUUGUUCACCAUUUUAUUGUGUCAUUAUUGUUUCUGCUGAAUGAGUUGAAUUUGUUCUUUUGAAAAUCCACUUUUGUUAUGAUCCCAGUUUUUAUGUUCUCUUGUUUCCUGUUUUAUUUUGGAAUUGUGCCCUCAUGUGUCGCGUCUUGCUUUUCUGUUCCUCUUUCCAAUGUUUAUCCGUCUCUUUCCCUCUCCUGUCUUUCUCCAGCCUCACUCCAUCUGUACCUGAUCCCCUCGUUAGUUAGAGUCUAUAUAGUCUUUGUUCUUCCCCUGUGAUGCCACUCUGUGUCUCCUCCAAUGUCUCCCCAAAUGUCCCCCAGUUGGUGUCUUUCUGAUUUUUGUUCCAUGAGUUUUCAUUGAUUUAUACUUUGCUUUUGUUGCUACUUUGUCUUUUGUCGUUGUGAUUCAUUUUUGUUUUUUCUAGAACUCUUGCUUAUUGUAUCUUUCAAGUUUGUUUAAAGAAAGCUCGCCUUUUGUUCCCCUAUCCUCCCUCCCAUCUGCUGUCGGCAUUUGGGCCCUCACCUUGUUUGCCAAUUUAUAACAACUUUAGAAUCAAAUACUUCUGCAUUGUAGACUUGAAGAGGUGAAGUAUUCCAACAUGAAUGAAACUUGAAUUUUUUUUCUUUUUUUUUUUUUUUUUUAGCAAAGUGUCAUUAAGUUUUACUAUGUCCUACAACAGAGGCUCUGAUUGAUUUCUUGCAGAAAAAAAUCACAAUAUUAAACAAGAUUAUUUAGAUUAGAUUCAUUAGAUUUAUUGUCAUUGCACUGAAUACAAGUAUAGUUAGCAUAAUACAAGAGGGGGAGCAAAUGUGUCUGACACAAAAUAUUUCAUCUUCUACUUAUCCACAAAGAAAAACAGCUCUAGAGUCCUACAAAUGGUC